AACAGCACAACCCGCGCAACUACCCACGGCCCCAUGAUCACUCGGGACAGCUUCGAACCAUACAAGCGAGAUUAGACGCACGCGACGCACCCACGAGACAUACCAAAAUCCGACUCACGAUCCAAAUCCGACCUCCGUCCCCGCCACAAAGAUGAUGGGCAUAGCGAACAUGCAGCCCCGGCAGCUGGCCACCCAAGUCCUCAAUUUCGCGCUCGUCCUCUCUACCGCAUUCAUGCUAUGGAAGGGCAUCUCUGUCGUCGCGGACUCGCCCUCACCAAUUGUCGUCGUGCUGUCAGGAUCCAUGGAGCCCGCCUUCCAAAGAGGAGACCUGCUGUUCCUGUGGAACCGGGGACUGGAUACACAGCUGGGGGAGGUCGUCGUAUACAAUGUGAAGGGGAAGGACAUUCCGAUUGUGCAUCGUGUGGUGCGGAGAUUCGGCGGAGGAAAAUCACCUCUCCGUCUCCUCACAAAAGGUGACAACAACCUCGCGGACGACACGGAGCUUUACGCCGCAGGUCAAACCCACCUGAACCGCAAGGAGGAUGUCAUCGGCAGCGUCGUCGGCUUCAUCCCUUUUGUCGGGUACGUCACGAUCUUGCUGAGCGAAUACCCAUGGUUGAAACAGGCCAUGCUGGGCAUAAUGGGGUUGAUGGUGGUACUACAGCGCGAGUAGGCGCUAGGGAGCUAUUGAUGGAAGAGGUCUUUCAUUGGGGAAGAAGGUAUCACGAAGCCUAGAUCUUCCUGUCUUGACACCCUGUUUCGAAAUUGGGACAGCGUAUUGCAGCCACGCCGUUGGAGUAAGUCAUGGUGGGGUCUAUAUUUGCAGCCUCGGUAGUAUGGCGUUUAACAGUAUCAGUACUUUGGUCAUCCAUAUAAGAAGGAGAUAUCCAUCUUCUACUACAUAUACCACGUCAU